GAUGUAUGAUGGGCAGAAAUCUUUUUGUAUGGCCAACACGUGAGAAUUGCGCAAUGCCCGCUAGCUGCGUUCGGUCUAUGAGCUCGCUGUCGAGGGACUUGGAAAAGCAUGAAAGCGCCUCGCUGCCCCUCCAACCUCUGCUUGUUGAUUUCAUCACAUCAAUUGUACUUCAGAUACCCGUCUUUAAGACAAACCCAGAUUUCCUGUAAGAAUUUGUCCCUUGCACGCCCGAGUUCGAGGUCGAACAUUACCCCGCGCUACCCCGCCACCCCUCGUGUUUGCGAUGUUUGAACGACUCUGACGAGGCUGCACAGAAAACACAAUGUCUAACGCGACUCUCCGUCUGGGCAGCACCGCCCCCAACUUCAAGGCCGAGACUACUCAGGGUCCUAUCGACUUCCACGAGUUCAUCGGCGACAACUGGGUCAUCCUCUUCUCCCACCCCGAGGACUACACACCCGUCUGCACCACCGAGCUCGGUGCUUUCGCCAAGCUCGAGCCUGAGUUCACCAAGCGUGGCGCAAAGCUCAUUGGCCUCUCUGCCAACACCAUUGACAGCCAUGAGGGCUGGAUCAAGGACAUCGAUGAGAUCUCCGGCUCCCAGCUGAAGUUCCCCAUCAUUGGCGACAAGGAGCGCAAGGUUGCUCUUGCAUACGACAUGAUCGACCACCAGGAUGCGACCAACGUUGACUCCAAGGGCGUUGCGUUCACCAUCCGUUCCGUCUUCAUCAUCGACCCCAAGAAGACCAUCCGUCUGAUCCUGUCUUACCCCGCGUCCACUGGCCGCAACACUGCUGAGGUCCUCCGUGUCCUUGACAGCCUGCAGACUGGCGAUAAGCACAGGAUCACCACUCCCAUCAACUGGGUUCCUGGUGAUGAUGUGAUUGUCCACCCCGGUGUCAAGAACGAGGAGGCUAAGACACUUUUCCCCGACUUCAGGAUCGUCAAGCCCUACCUGCGAUUCACCCCUCUCCCUAAGGAGAAGACCACUGCCGCAUAGACGCCUUAGUCAACUGCUAGGCACGGUCAGAGCUGCAUGAAGUACCUGGAGUAGACAUUGUGGAUACAAGCGUUGGGCAUCACAGACGGUGAGCUGCAAUCUUAGGAUCCGAACCUCAAAGGUUGGUCCUAACAAGCUGGACCUCAUGCUUCUCGAAUGAAGUGGGAUGCUCUGGCGCAUCCGAUUCGGUAGAUGUUUGUAGACUCAGUCUACCUCAUAGGGCUGAAACGCUCUGCAUAAUGAAAGAUUGACGACCCC